CUGAAUGGAAAGACUGAUCUUGAGGAAAGAGAUGUUUCUGAUGUCACAUCAAUAAGUGAGAGCCGCAGCAGUGACAGCUGAGGGCGACGAGCAUCGGCAUCGAGGCAAAGCACAGCUGUAAUGAGGAGAGGGUGGGGGUGCAAUUCUGGAAGAUUCUGCAGGAAUCUUACGAGUGGACCCCAUUUCAUUCGUUUAUUGUGGGUACUGUUUCUCUGAGCUAGGUGGGUUAGCCUUCCCUGUCAAAGCCACAGCUGUGGUGGGGACUAGAGCUUUUAAUGAGCCAAUGACUGGAAUAGACUGAAACCGUCUCCUCACUGCAAAGAUGUCAAAGAGACCAUCCUACGCCCCUCCCCCUCCCCCUGCCCCUACAACACAAAUGCCCAACACUCCCGGGUUUGUGGGGUACAACCCAUACAGCCAUCUGGCCUACAACAACUACAGACUGGGAGGGAGCCAAAGCAGCAACAGUCGGGUAACGAAUUCCUCCGGAAUAAAUAUCCCAAAGCCACCCAAGCCACCCGAUAAGCCACUGAUGCCAUAUAUGAGAUAUAGUCGUAAGGUUUGGGAUCAAGUAAAAGCCUCCAAUCCUGAUCUGAAGCUAUGGGAAAUUGGGAAGAUAAUCGGUGGCAUGUGGAGGGACCUCACUGAUGAGGAGAAACAGGAUUAUUUGAAUGACUACGAAGCAGAGAAGAUUGAGUAUAAUGAGAGCAUGAAGGCCUAUCACAACUCGCCAGCCUACCUGGCCUACGUCAAUGCAAAAAGCCGGGCCGAGGCAGCUCUGGAAGAGGAGAGCCGCCAGAGGCAGUCCAGAUUGGACAAGGGCGAGCCUUAUAUGAGCAUUCAGCCAGCGGAAGAUCCAGAUGAUUACGACGAUGGGUUUUCAAUAAAGCACUCAGCGGCGGCUCGUUUCCAACGCAACCACCGUCUUAUCAGCGAGAUCCUCAGUGAGAGCGUCGUCCCAGAUGUGCGGUCAGUUGUUACCACUGCUCGCAUGCAGGUCCUUAAACGCCAGGUCCAGUCUUUGAUGGUACACCAGAGAAAGUUGGAGGCAGAGUUGCUUCAGAUUGAAGACCGCCACCAGGACAAGAAAAGAAAAUUCAUCGAAGCCACAGAGUCUUUCACAAAUGAGCUCAAAAGGCUUUGCUGUAUGAAAGUGGAAGUGGACAUGGAGAAGAUUUCUGCAGAGAUUGCUGCAGCGGAAGAGGCAGCCCGCAAACGCAUGGCAGAACGUGAGAAGGAUGCAGGAGACCGAGGUGCAAGAGAGGCCCCCACCUGUGUCUUAGCAGAGGAAGAAAAACACAUUUGUGCAACACAUGGCAACAAGUCCCAGCAAAAUUCUCUCAGUGAAAGCAGCAACAAGGAGGGCGAGGAGGCAGAAUCUAACACCACAGAUACACCAGGGAAGCCGAAAGCCUCCGAGGAGCUUGAGGCUCCUCCGGGCAGUGAGGAGGGGACAGAGGACAAGGAGAGCGUCCCAGAGGGAGCCAUGGAGGAGGGAACCAGCGACAGUAACACGGGCUCAGAGACCACCUCUGCUCAGACAGAAGAUGCCCCGACUAGUGAGCUGCCAGAGGGGCCCAGCCGGGCGAGAACAGCCCACUGAGUCCAACACCUGACUGUCUGUGAACUGUAAGGCGUCUGUUGGCCUCUGACAUCACCCUUCAGUAACAUAUAUUGCACAGUAUCAUCUCAGUUUGUCAAAGCAUAUGAAGAACGUCUAGACAG